AUGUGGAACAUCUUGCCGUCAGAUUAACGCAUAAGAAACUUCUAGGGCGCGGUUUUUUUGCCAGCUCUCCACUCCCCACAACCCCCACGGGCGACGUUCUCCGCCACUGGCGCCGCCGUCUUUAUCUUCUCUAUUCGUAGUUCUCCGAUUUCAGUUCCAUCCCCUGCAGCUAUGACUAUAGGAGCUUGCGCAGACCUAUCACGCUGCCUUGGAGGAGUAGCAGCGCCACUCACACCCAACUCCAACCGCGCCGCCACUUUUUGCCACGUGCUUCGCACACCCAAUAAUGCCCACACUCGCGCGUCGACCCUGUCAAUAUCAACGCACGACCAAAGCAAAGUGGUGGCGGCUGCAGGUAGCAGCACUCAAGGUCUCACCUACAAGGACGCAGGCGUCGACAUCGAUGCUGGCUCCGAACUCGUUCGAAGAAUCGCAAAGAUGGCACCCGGAAUCGGAGGCUUCGGUGGUUUAUUCCCUCUCGGUGAUUCGUACCUUGUUGCGGGCACGGACGGUGUGGGAACAAAAGUGAUGCUUGCUUUUGAAACUGGGAUUCAUGACACCAUUGGUAUUGAUCUGGUUGCAAUGAGUGUGAAUGACAUUGUUACAUCAGGGGCAAAGCCUCUGUUUUUCCUUGAUUACUUUGCUACUGGCCACCUUGAUGUCGAUGUUGCUGAGCAGGUUAUAAAAGGCAUUGUUGAGGGCUGUAAGCAAUCUGACUGUGCGCUUUUAGGAGGAGAGACUGCAGAAAUGCCUGGUCUAUACAAGGAAGGUGAGUAUGAUCUUAGUGGCUGUGCAGUUGGCAUUGUGAAGAAAGAUUCUGUAAUCAAUGGGAAGAACAUUACUGCUGGUGACGUCCUUAUUGGUCUACCAUCUAGUGGUGUUCAUUCUAAUGGUUUCUCACUUGUAAGAAGAGUGCUUGCUCAAAGUGGUCUUUCAUUGAAAGAUCAACUUCCUGGUGGUAAUGUCACAGUUGCAGAAGCUCUGAUGGCCCCAACUUUUAUUUACGUUAAACAGGUGCUUGACUUGGUUAGCAAGGGAGGGGUGAAAGGAAUUGCCCACAUCACAGGUGGUGGUUUCACGGAUAAUAUACCCCGAAUCUUUCCAGAAGGCCUUGGUGCUACUAUAUACAAAGAUUCAUGGGAUGUGCUUCCAGUGUUUAAGUGGCUUCAGGAGGCUGGGAAGAUAGAAGACUCGGAGAUGAGACGAACUUUUAAUAUGGGCAUAGGGAUGGUCUUGGUAGUUAGUCCAGACACAGCUGAUAGAAUACUUGAGAAUAGAAGUGAUACAAAUAAAAUCUACUGCAUUGGAGAAGUUACAAAUGGCAAUGGAGUGUCCUUCAGUUAAUCUGAUCUUCUUGAUCUUGGUUAAUCUUCUUGUACCUUUCUAAUACUUUCAUGGAAAAUCUCGGUUAUGAUAUUUCUCUACAUAAAUGUUAUGAAACUUCCACCAAUUUUGAGGAUGCCAUUGUAGUUUAGUUGCUAGUGAAAAUAAUUGUUGA